AUGGCUACAAUGGAGAAAGCAAGGGAAACGCCAACCACACCGACCACCACCACCACCGAUCCACCACCAACGGACAAGGCGACCGAAGCGACCGGAACCGGUAUUGUGAAGCUAACGAAACGGGCCGCCAUUACGCAGAUAUUGCUCGCCAUCGUUGCGAACAUCACGAUCAUAUCAUCCGGCAUGGGCAUCGGCUUUCCUUCGAUCGCUAUGAUGGAGCUGACGAAUUCUACCAGUUCCGUUGUGCUGACAGAAUCGGAAGCGAGUUGGUUUGCAUCCAUUACCUCGAUCAUGUGCCCGUUCGGUGGGCUGCUGUCCGGCUAUCUGCUAGAUAAGGUGGGCCGUAAGCGAACGCUGUACUGCAUCAACAUCAUAUCGAUCAUCUCCUGGGCGAUCAUGUCGUUCGCCAGUACAACGGACGCAUCCGUGCUGUUUGUGGAGCUGAUUGUUGCGCGUGUCAUUAUCGGUAUCGCUAUCGGGCUUUCUAGCACACCUGCCUCGGUUUAUGCCGCUGAAGUGGCUCAUCCUCAGCUGAGAGGGCGCCUGACACUGUUAACAGCUGGCUGUACCGGUGUUGGAAUGCUUCUAGUCUACUCGCUUGGUUACAUGUUUAAGGAGGAUUGGCGCUACGUCUGUACUAUUUGCGGCGUGUUUACUGGCGUUUCGCUCAUAACCGUGAUUCCACUCCCGGAGUCGCCCAGCUGGCUGGUGGGCAAAAAGCGACCACAGGAAGCGGAACGCUAUCUGAAAGUUAUUCGCGCCAUCAAGGAGGACAAUCAUCCCGAGAUUCGGGCGGAAAUCAAAGCACUGGAGGAUAAUGUGGCUCGCUUCCGCGCGACGUCGGCUUCGGAUUCGAAAAAAGCGUCCAAGCUGGUGCAGCUUAAAAAGCCCGAAGUGUACAAACCUCUCGCGAUCAUGUGUACCUUCUUCAUUUUCCAACAAUUUUCCGGCAUCUUCGUCAUUAUCGUGUACGCGGCAAGCUUCUCGGUGGAGGCUGGUGUUGCUAUCGAUCCGUUCCUGAGCGCAGUGCUGGUAGGGUUGACGCGUGUUCUUACCACCAUACUGAUGUCGUUUAUUUCGGAUAAAUUCGGGCGCCGUCCGCCGGCCCUUUUCUCCGGCUUUGGUAUGGCGUGCUGUAUGUUCGGGUUGGCGGCAUGUGCUGUUUAUCCAGUAGCCGAUACAGAGUACAACUGGAUCCCGACCGCACUGCUAGUAUCGUUUAUCUUUACCGCCACGCUCGGCUUCCUUACGCUUCCGUUCUCGAUGAAUGCGGAGGUGUAUCCGACCAAGAUCCGGGGUUUCGCGUCUGGAUUGACGAUCUUUUUCGGGUACACCAUGUCGUUCAUCAUACUGAAGAGCUAUCCGACGAUGGUAAGCGCCAUCGGGAAUGAAAAUGUGUUCCUGUUCUUUGGUUUGAUAUCCGUGAUCGGAAUCGCUUUCGUGUACUUCUUCCUGCCCGAAACCAAGGGACGAACGUUGCAAGAUAUUGAGGAUUACUUCCGCGGCGGCAAGGGCAAGGAGAUGGACAAAAAUGACUCAAAAGCGUAGACGACC